AUGUUGCCGAGCCAGGCCGGGGCUGGGAACGGCGCCGCCGCCGCGCUGGCCCGCAGCUCCGGGCUGGGCCGGUCGCCGGUGCCGCGUGGGGCGAACGGCGGCGGGGCGGCGGCGGGGGCGCCCGGGGGCCGUCUGGAGCGGGAGGCGCUGUACAGCGGCAGCGAGGGCGACUCGGAGUCGGCCGAGGAGGAGGAGCUGGGCGGCGAGCGGCGCGGCGUGAAGCGUGGCCUGGCCGAGGCGGCAGCGGCGGUGGCGGCGGGGCCCGCGGCGGGAGCGGCGGCGGCGGCGGCCGCCUACAGCGGCGGCGGGGGCAGUGGGGCCGUGAGCGGCGCCAAGCCUGGGAAGAAGACGCGGGGCCGGGUGAAGAUCAAGAUGGAGUUCAUCGACAACAAGCUGCGGCGCUACACCACCUUCAGCAAGAGGAAGACCGGCAUCAUGAAGAAGGCCUACGAGCUUUCCACGCUGACUGGCACUCAAGUCCUGCUGUUGGUGGCCAGCGAGACAGGCCAUGUGUACACGUUUGCCACACGGAAGCUGCAGCCCAUGAUCACCAGUGAGACAGGGAAGGCGCUGAUCCAAACAUGCCUCAAUUCCCCGGACUCACCCCCACGCUCGGACCCCACCACUGAUCAGCGCAUGAGUGCCACGGGCUUUGAGGAGACAGACCUCACCUACCAGGUGUCUGAGUCGGACAGCAGUGGGGAGACCAAGGAUGCACUGAAACCUGCAUUCGCUGUCACCAACCUGCCGGGAACAACGUCCAUCCAGACAGCCCCCACCACCUCAACCUCCAUGCAGGUCAGCAGUGGCCCGUCAUUCCCCAUCACUAAUUACCUGGCACCAGUGUCUGCCAGCAUUAGCCCCAAUGCCGUCACCAGUGCCAACGGGACAGUACUGAAGACUACUGGAGCCAGUGCAGUGACGUCUGGGGGCCUCAUGCCAAUACCCACUGGCUUCACCCUCAUGUCAGGUGGUACCAUGGCUCAGCAGGUCCCAGUCCAAGCGAUCCAGGUGCACCAGGCACCGCAGCAAACGUCUCCCUCUAGUGACAGCAGCACUGACCUUACCCAGACCUCUUCCAGCGGAACAGUGACCCUCCCAGCGACCAUCAUGACGUCGUCUGUGCCAACCACUGUGGGUGGCCACAUGAUGUACCCCAGCCCACACGCGGUGAUGUAUGCGCCCACAUCUGGCCUUGCGGACGGUGGACUUGCAGUCCUCAACGCUUUCCCACAGGCGCCCUCAGCGAUGCAGGUGUCCCACGGCCAGGUCCAGGAUCAGGGUGGCGUCCCCCAAGUGUUCCUGACAGCCCCAUCAGGCACUGUUCAGAUCCCAGUCUCAGCUGUCCAGCUUCACCAGAUGGCUGUCAUCGGGCAGCAGAGCAGCAGUGGCAGCAGCCUGACGGAGCUGCAGGUGGUCAACUUGGACACCUCACACAGCGCCAAGAGUGACUGAGAGGCCUCUGCUGCCAGCCUUUUGUAUCUGGCUUGUCAUGCCAGUGUUGGGGCUGGUGGCAAUUCCUUCUCAUACAGACUGCACCAGUUAUUUAUUGUUGCCUUUUCACGUUUCCUUCAUCCACACAUGCACACACACACAUGCACUCGCCCACCCCCACGCACACAGGCAUGCGCGUGGGGCUGCAGAACCCACCUGGGGUGGAGCGGUGCUGGGGCCAUGCAGGGCUUGGGGCAUUUGGAUGCUGCAAUAGCUGUGCUUGUCUCACGCCAGCCAAAGAAAUUUGUCUCUCGAGGGGAGGAUUGCUCUGCACUGUAAAUAAAUACUGCGGGCCAUUCCCAGCUGAAGGCUCUGGCUCCUUCUGGGCGCUCCGAGUCACCUUGCCCAUGAGUGUUUACUCUGCGUGGGGCUCAGCUCAGUCCUGGAGCCAUCAUGCAGGCGCAGCUCAGACCAGAGUGGGUUGAGGCUGUGCUGCUGGCCUCAGCAAUGUGCCUUUGUGGGGUGACAGGUCCUGGCUGCAGCAACUCACCCUGGGCUCUGGACGGGAGAGAGGGGCCAGCUUGCAUGUGCAUCUCUAGGCCUGUGCGCCCUCCUUCUGGAGGGCAGGGCACAGCUGUUGGCACGUGGCCCUGUCCUCCUUGUAUGCACUACAGUGAGCCCUCUGCCCUUAGUGCCUCCUCACUGGGCUGCCUGGCAGAUUUUCAGCCAGAUUGGCCCAGCCCCAGUGGCUGCCCUUGCACAGCUGAGGUGGUCUGUAGAUGUCCAGGAACACAAUGAUGCCCUGGAGAGCUCCUCAGGGGCUCUGUGCUCUGCUCAACCCCACACUCUCAGCCCUCGCACUGCUUGUGGACUCCGUACACCCAGGGGAACGUGGCUGGGUCCUUCUUACAUCCCCCUGCAGCUCCAGCCAGCGUGUUCUAAAUUUCUGUGUCUGAUGCAAGGUGGAGAAACAACUCAAAUGUCAAAGGGAAGAGCCCAUUGGGCAUUGAGCUGCUGGGCAGGUGCCAGGCUCUUCCUCUGAGCAUCAGGGUGAUCUGCAGGCCAUCCUGGGUUGUGGAGGAACAGCUGUGAUGCCUGUACAGGCUCAGCAAGGCUGGAGGGAGAAGGGCUGGAGCAUGCUUGGUCUGCAUGGGAGUUGCUGUGAAUGGCUCUGCUACCUAGCCCUAUCCCUGGAGGGAGAGUGAGCAAGUGAGAGAAGCUGCUGAAUCCUUAGGAGAAGAAGCAGCUACUGUAACUUUUUUUUUUUCUAAGUUAAAGACAAAAGAAGCCUUGGAGAAAAAAAAAAAAAGAAAAUUACUUUAUUUUUCUAAGUGUUAAACUCAGUAUUUAUGUAAUUCUUUAAGGAAUAAAGUUUGGCUCCUGUACAGUUUUAAUGGGGUUUGUACCAGGGGGAUGGGAGAGGGGUGGGUGGGUGGGCAUGGAGGCAGGAAAGGGGCCUUGCUUUUGAGUUUGUAUUGUAACCUUGGACAUGUUCCCUCAGCAUUAGCGUUUAAGCCACACUCUUCAUCCACCAGCAUGUGCCAGGGAUCAAGCUCAACUGAGUGGGAUGCUUGUUUCCCACUUGUCUGUACUGAGGACUCAUAAUUCUGGGCUCAAUGGGCAGAAAGCGAGUGAAGCAGUGGCUAGUUUCUAGAAGUGGGAAACCCAUUCCUCAGGAGCAGGGGAUUUGUAGCAUGCAUGGGAGCCAGAGCUGAGCUGGGUUUUCUGAUGAUCGCCCUGUUCACUUCUGGUCCAGGGACCUGCAGCUGUUCUGUCACUGCUCUUGGUGUGCAGCAGUGCUGCCUGUGACUGUCUAAGGGAUUUAGGCAUCCCCACUCUUCCCUGGGUGUGGUGAGUGACCAGCAGUGGCUAAUCCCUAUUCUCCCUGCUUGCUGUGCGGGUAGCAUCUUCUGAACCCCUAGCUGAAGAUCUGGGCUGUAGAUCCCCCUCUACAGCCUUUCUGCAGUGCACAGAUAUGGACAGGUUCCCUCCAAGCUCCCUGUACAAAGAAUUCCCAGAAGGGUCUUUCAGCCCUUGGUCUGUUAACAGCCUGGGAAGGGCUUGUGGAGAGUUGGUGAGUGACAUUGCAUGCUGCCUCCCCUUAGUAUCCUUGCUCUAAGAGUGAUGCAUACACUGCAGCUCAGAGCAUAUGGGACUGCUAAGCCGUGUCCCUUUGCUAGGUGUAUGAAAACUGCUCAGUAUUGCUUCCAAAGCAAUCUGGGUACCUAGAAGUUCAUCCAGGGAGAAGUGUGGGUUUGGGGUUUGCGUUGUCCUUUGCCCCAGCACGUCAGUGUGGCCUGGCUUUGCUCUGCUUUGCUUGUGCUAGCACUAUGGAGCAGAGCUGUUGGGCCAGAAUGGCAGGAGAGCCCCUGCUGCUACAGGGUGUCUGACUGCAUCCCCUCCCUGGCUCCCCAAAGGCAACUGCUGGUUAAACGCUAAUGGUGUAUUUUAUUUAAGUGCAGACUUGUAAGAACACUUGUGUAUCAGGGAUGAAAUGGCAUUUAUUGUGUGGUGACAUUUUUAGUUAAUUUUACUGGUUUGAGGGGUGUGUGUGUGUGUGCGUGCGUGUGCGUGUGUGUGUACGCAUAAGUGUGUUUGGGAUUAUUAUUUUUUUUCCCUCCAGUUUCCAGGGUUGUGUUUCUGGAAGGAUGUGGAAGUAAUCACAGUACUAUGUACAGAGCUUUCUUUUGUAUUAAAAAAAAAUUACUCUUUCAAUAAAUGUUAUCAUUUUGUGCACAGA